AUGACAUCGAUAUCUAAUCGUUUCAUACUCUUUUCAAUUGGGUUAUGGUUUGCGGUACAACCCUCGUAUUUGCAUCCGGAUGAGCAUUUCCAGAGCCUAGAGAUCUUAUGUGACAAAUUUUACAAUUAUAAAGGGUUCGUUCCUUGGGAAUUUGAAAGCAAGCAUGCCGCUCGAAGUUUUAUUCCGUUGUAUAUAUUCUAUGGUCCUUUACUUUGUGGUUUACGGCCUCUUUUGAAAUGGCAUCUUAUCGAGCAGCCUUUGACAAUUUUGAGAAUUAUUAGGAUUCAGAACUACUUGGUUUACACGAUAGUAUGUCACUUUGCUCUGAAAGCGAUAAAUGUGAAGCACGGAAACAGGAGCGCAGCUGAGCUAUUUGUGAUAUCCUCUUAUAUUACAUGGUCGUAUCAGAGUCACUCGUUCUCCAAUUCCAUCGAAACUAUUCUGUUGUUGGCGGUGCUCGCAUUAUUCACCAAGUUUGUUGAACGGAAAUCAGGAGAACAUGAAAAUCAAUAUAAAAAAUCUUUUUUACUGGGGACUCUCAUAACUUUAGGAACUUUCAAUCGGAUAACAUUUGCGGGGUUUAUUCUGUUACCUUUCGUAUCACUGUUUCUACGCUUCUAUUGCGGCCAAUGGCGUUCUUUUUUUGUGCUAAUUAUUUCGAUAAUAACCUGUUCUGUCACUUUUGUAUGUUUUGAUACAGCAAUCUACCAGAGUUCAUCAUAUGUGGUGGCUCCGAUUAAUAAUCUCCUUUACAACCUGGAUGAAUCUAAUCUCGCACUUCAUGGUAUUCAUCCUAGAAUAACCCACAUGUUCGUCAAUCUGCCCCAGAUAGUCGGUCCUGGAAUUAUUUUGCUCCCUAAUGCAUUCCGCUCUUUCUCAAAAGUCUGCGAAAACCAGGCUGCGCUUUCUGUAUUAUCUGGAAUGACUUUCUUAUCCUUAUUCAAACAUCAAGAACUUCGAUUUCUUACACCAUUAGCUCCUCUAUUGUUUUCCUGUUUUAUACCAAGGUCACCUUUCAAGAGGUUGAAAUGGGAAUACAUAUUUAGAGCAUGGUUUUUAUUCAAUCUCAUUGCGGGGCUUAUAAUGGGCGUUCUUCAUCAAGGGGGAAUUCUCAGAGCUAUAAAUGAUUUUCAUAAGAAUGAAAGUCCUAUAAAUGUUCAUAUCUGGUGGAAAACGUACUCACCCCCAGCCUGGAUGUACAGGAAUAAAAAUUUGACCGUUUCAGCAAUGAAUACUGUAAAUGGUGUAGAAUCAAUAGAUGAAAUUCCAUUUCAUGUUGUGAACAAUCAUGUUAUUGACUUACGAGGUUCAAAUUUAGAGCUUCUUAUCAAGUCACUGAUCCACUUUGAGAAUGCUGGCGCAUCUGUCACCUUGAUAGCCCCAAACUCUAUGAGAGUACUUCUCAAUUCAAUGCAAGAUACUACAAAUUUCAGAUUAGAGAGGCUCGCCGAAUGGAAGCUCCAUCUGGAUUUAGAUCAUAUAGAUUUCUCGAAUCCGAGUAGUCUGGCUCUCGGACUCGCUUCCUAUAAUGUCUCGUCCUAG